AAACAUGAAAAGAGCUUAAAAUAAACCUCAAAGCAUUUAGGCUCCCUGUUUUACAAUUCUGCGUGUCGCUUUCAGUAAAGGACAACUGAUCCGCGCCUCCUCUUAAAAAGAAAGGCUUUUAGACAUUCGCUUUUCAUUCAUCUUUCACCUUUCACCGCUGCCCUUUUUUAUUUCCCUACCUCGACAAUCAACUCAAUUUUCAAUUUAAUAUCAAGUAAUUAUGGCUAACAACCACGAGGAAGACACGGAAUGGAACGAUAUCUUGCGCGCCAAGGGUAUCAUUCCUCAAAAGGAGAAUCAAAUAACAGAGGCUGACAUCAUUGACAUGAUGGACGAGGCUAUCGCUAAGCGUAAUGCCAGGAAUUAUGAAGAAAAAACUGUAGAUGAGCUUGAUGAGCUCUUAGAUGAAAACAAUGAGGAAGAGGAGCGCAUGCUAAUGGAGUACAGACAACAACGAUUGAAUGCAAUCAAACAAGAAUUGUCAGAAGAUAAGUUUGGUGAGAUCCAGCAUAUUUAUAAGACAGAUUUUGUCCGUGAAGUUUCUGAAGCAAGCAAAGAUGUGUGGGUUGUAGCCUAUCUCUACAAAGAUUCUUUGCCAAUCUGCAAGUUAAUGAGUGCACACCUGGCGACAGUAGCAGCAAGGAAUAAGUCAACCAAGUUUGUCAAAAUCAUUGGUGAUCAAUGUAUCCCCAACUACCCUGACCGUAAUCUUCCAACGCUAUUAAUCUAUGGAGAGGGAGAUGUCAAGGCACAGCUUGUUGGAGCCUCACAACUUGGAGGUUUGAACAUGAAGCCUUCAGAUAUUGAGGCAUAUCUCCGUCGUGUUGGCGCUAUCAAAAAGCCAGAAUCACAAUCGAAAGCAUCAGAAGAGACCAAACAAUCAUCAAUCCGAAGCUCAGCAACAGCGGCUCUUAGUGAUGAUGACGAGUAUGAAAGUGAUGAUUAUUAGGAACUUUACAAGACAAAUAAAUAAACCUUCACAUAGAUUAUGUAGACUACAUAUAUACAGC